UGCAUCUUUCCAACAUACAUUAGAAGAUGUCAAUGUGGUUUGGUUUUGUAUUGGUGCUGCUUUCAGCAAAAACAUUUGCGGAUGGACAACUUAUAUCCACUUCAGAUUUUGGUGUUUGCUUUUAUGGGAAAACAGCUGAACGAGUACUUAGCAUCUUGGAAACUGGAAAAUACAGAUCUGUGUUGCCUUCAGGGCGUCCAGUUCGAGACUGCUCGGAUUUAGACCGGAAACAUUACAAAAGUGGAGUCUACAAAAUUUACCCGGCAGGUGGUACUGAAUUUAAGGCGUAUUGUGAUAUGGAUACGGACGGAGGAGGAUGGACGGUGUUUCAGCAUAGACAAAAUGGUAAAGUAGAUUUCUACAGAGGAUGGAAAGAAUAUGCAAAUGGAUUUGGUCGUCUAAAAACAGAAUUCUGGUUGGGUAACGAAAAGCUGUAUAAACUAACUUCUGAAGGACAUUAUGAGCUGAGAGUCGAUCUCCAGGAUUUUAAUGGUGAUAAGGCCUAUGCCAAAUAUUCAACCUUUUACAUCGGCGACAAGUCAACCAACUACAGACUGACAACGAAGGGUUAUAGUGGAACGGCAGGUGAUUCUCUGACGCCUCAUAACAAACAAGCUUUUACAACAAAAGAUAAGGAUAAUGACAUCAAUAGCAGUGAAAAUUGUGCAAAGAAUUACAAAGGUGCUUGGUGGUAUAACGCCUGUCAUUCAUCUAAUCUGAACGGACUGUAUCUCGGAAAUAAAUCAGAUAACAAAGGAAUGCGUUGGAGUCAAUGGAAAGGAUCUCAGUCAAUGGAGACUACGUCAAUGAUGAUACGUAGGAAAGGUCUCUAA